UGCCAUCGACUGGGGAAAGAAUGUAAAUCCACAUCCCCAGCGCGUAGGAAGACAUCGAAACCAACCACAGUCCCAAAGAGGUCGAAAUUGGAGGAUAAGCUUGAUGAAGUUGUCUCGCUUCUUCGUACACAGCAUGCAGCGCCUGUGUCAAUGUCGCCCAAUGAUCAACUCGUACUCACGCCGGAGUCCUCAGUUUUUAUUCAAGGACUAUCAUAUAACCCCGACAAUGACGACCGCCUGACUCCCGAGCAAUUAGUCGACUUUCGGACGACUUACCUGCAUCUCUUUCCCUUCGUGUAUCUAUCGGAGAACCUCACCACAGACGAUCUUCACGUCAGAUAUCCACUGCUCUGUCGUGCUAUCCGCACCGUGCUCACGAAGGCGGUCACUCAUCAAAGCCGGCUGAGUAAGCAGUUGCGAGAACAGCUGGCUUCCAGGAUCAUAGUGCAAGGAGAAAGAAGUAUUGAUGUGCUGUUGAGUCUGAUCAUGUGUAUUGCUUGGUCACCGUACUUUACCCACGGUAAGCAAUUUCUGGGCUCCAUGUGCAAUCUUGCGAAGACGGUGGUGAGCGAUCUUCGUCUUGACAAGCCUGCGCAACCGACGGGAUGUCCAAGUCUAGGUCCUCAUGUGGAUAAUAAGGAAGUUCGGACAAAUGAAGGCAGUAGAGCGUUGCUAGCUGUCUUCAUACUAUGCGCGAAUGUUUCAAUAAUCUUCGAAUACGACCUAAUGCUCUGGUCACCGCAGAUGGAAGACGCAUGCGAUUGUUUGAGCAAAGGCCGAGAAUCUCGAGAAGACGGCAUAUUGGCUGCCAGUGCGCGUCUGGCGAAGAUUGCGAUCAGUGCUGCCGAGAUAUCUCGAAGAGCUUUGGGUGAUCCCAGUACAGCAAGAUAUGCUAUGAUAGCUAUUGAUCCUCUUACCCUGGCGCUUAGCAAUUUCCAGAGAUCGCUCGCACCUGAAUGUCUACAACACUGGCUCAUCACCGGGCUCACCCAAACAGCCCAGGUUGCCAUUUAUGAACUCGCGCUCUUGAGAUCGUCCACAACUGAGAUGGCAGCGUCGCAACUCGCCUUCGACUCCAAGCGCAUCGGAUACCUUAUGGAACUCUUACAGACAUGUAAAGCCUGUCGAGACCACGCCUUGGCUGGCGACACUAUGAGUUUGACAGCUCCAUCGAUGCUCAUAUGGUCUUAUUGUUGCAAGAUCUUAUUCCGACUCUCUAGCAUCAAAGGAGUAGCUGGCUGGGAUCCAACAAUUGUCCAAUCAACUGUCGACAUAGUGCAGUGCCUAGAGCAGCUUGCGGAGAUAGCUGAGCGGGCUAAUUCCGAAUACAAGGCUCAAACAGGCGAAGAAAGUUUGUUUGCUGCGGCCGCAGAGACACUGAGAGUUAAGGCGCCAAACUGGAAACUCCCUACAAGAGAGCAUGAUAACAUCAUGAAUAGCGCAGCGGACGGCUGGAACAACGGGUUGAUUGGAGAUAUAGGGAUGAUGGACUUUUCGAGCGACUUUUGGAUGCCUAGUGCUUUCAAUUUUUGA